AGUAGAUGUAUCGUAUCUUUGUCUUGGGAAAUUCCAAUCUUGGGACUGACCAAUCCGAAAUUUUGAGUUGAUCCAGAAGAGUCCAGCCGUCGUUAUCUUAAGUUGUUAUCAAGAUAUCACUCCUGCCAGUGUUGCUCUAUGGUAGGAAAAAUACGCAGUGGCGACGCUUAAAUAUAAAGCCACUUCAACGUCCAUGCUGAUCACUCUGGACUCAAGUCGAGACGCUUUGAUCUUUUUCAACUAAGACGGUAAUUAUACUGCUUUAUCUUUUUGUUGCGAAUCAUGUCGAAGUUCUUUACUUGGGCAGAGCUUCCCGCUCGCGAAGACAUAUACCAAGAAAGAGGAACCACAAAAUGGGGCAACCACGAUUUAUAUCCCAUUGUUCCCAAAGAGCGAACAUAUGGCAGGGGCGCGUUCCUCCUGUAUUGGGUAACUUGCGGUGCUGGUCUCUCUACUUUUGCCAUCGGCAGUUCAUACCUUGCUGUUGGAUUGACUGCAGGUGAGGCUUGUGGUGCAAUUCUGAUAGGCGCUUGUAUGUCCAGCUGCAAUGCGCUUCUUUGCGGGCGUGUUGGGUCGGAGAAGCACCUUGGUUAUACUAUGAUGGCCCGAGUUUCAUUUGGACUUCGUGGCAUGUGGCUGCCGCUGUUUUUCCAAAUAAUGAGCAACAUGGUCUUUUUUGGACUUCAAGCUGUCUACGGCGGUCAAGCUAUAGGAAUUAUGCUCAGCUCCAUAUUUCCUCAAUUCAAGAAUUUGAAAAACACUCUCCCCGCCAGUGCUGGUACCACCACCCAUGACAUAAUCGGUUUCUUCCUCUACAUCAUCUGUUAUCUACCUAUUGUCAUUUGGAUCAAGCCUCAUAAACUCGAAAAGUUCAUGUGGCCUGCAUUCAUCGGCACGGUAGCCACAGUCUUUGGCAUCAUGGGAUGGGCAGUGAACGUAUAUGGAGGAUCAGCCGGUAACUUAGUUGCUCCAGCGAUAGCGCUCUCCGCCAGUGAUCGUGGAUUUCGAUUCGUUCAAUGCAUUAGCAGCGUUGUCGGUACAUACGGUGGAGCAGCAGAUCGUUUCGCUGACUGGACUCGAUUCUCCAAGAAGAAGGACUCCUAUGUGCUUGGUUCAGCAACUGCCAUGCCAGCUGUGAUCACGAUGUGUGCUUUACUUGGCGUUCUGACUGCGAGCGCAACCCGGGCUCACUAUGGUACUGCAAUGUGGCAGCCACUGACGAUUCUAUCAUAUAUUCAGAAGGAUACUUAUACACCAGGGGCACGAGCUGCAACAUUCUUUGCUGGAUUGGCGAUUUGGUCUCAUCAAAUCUUCGUCAACGUUACCCAGAACAAUGUGGGUGCGGGAAUGGAUUUAGCAGGGAUCUUUCCUCGGUAUAUUUCGACCCAGCGAGGAGCAGUUUUGCUCUGUAUUUUGGGAGUUUUAGUGCAGCCUUGGAGGUUUUUGACCCAAGCAACCGUGUUCAUUUCAGUCAUCUCAAGCUUUGGUGUUUUCUCUUCUGUUUGUACCGCAAUAUUGGUGCUCGACUACUGGAUCAUCCGCAAGCGAGCAUGGAAGGUUCCUGAUUUGUACCAAGGUGGACCAGAGUACAUCUACUGGUACUUUCAUGGCAUCAAUCUACGUGCCUGGUUCGUCUAUAUCGUUACGGUCAUUCCGUCUCUGCGUAAGAUCUCUCCUCUUCCAUACACCGGUCUCAUAGCCGAUUAUUGCACUGCAGCUGGGUUAGUGCUGAGCAUUAUGGGACGGACGAAAAGUGGUGCGGUUUAGCUGUAUCAGAUUUGUUGAAUGUUCACUCAUUGUGCAGUCAUCAUAGACUAUUAUGGUUGAGCAUAUGUUGAGGAAUGGAAGAAUCAUUACUCUUAGUUAGUGUAGUACUAGUUCAAGGGUAUGAUUUAAUGCAUAAUGCAACGACUCCACGACUGAUGACACCUGUCAUCAGCUAGUGGGAUCGAGCAUUAUAUAAAGCAUGAAGACAACCCUGUAGUUUUAAGAAAUCAAGUCAGUUAUCAC